GUUAUCAUAGACAGCUAGCCUGGAUUGUGAGAGGACUGAGGAAUGCCGCAGAAGACAGAAGUGAUGGAGCCUGCGUUCCUACACCGAUUGUGCCGCUGACAGAGGAGAAUGAAACUGCCAUGGAGGAUGAAAUGUUCCUGGUCUUUUUGCGCUGCAUUGGAAUCAGUCCACCAGCUAGCCAGCAGGAAAUGUUUUGGAGAAUCCCAGCUGAGUUCAGCGAUUCAGACCUGACUAGGAUUGCUGAUUGUUUGGAGUCAUCAGAAGCAGAUGGCAUACACGAGAUUGUGUCCAGAGUGUUUGAAGUACCAUCUUCUUCCGUGAUUGCCUCCUCAAAUAAACAAGAAGAAAAGGCAAAGAAACGUGAAGAAAAGGCAAAGAAACGUGAAGAAAAGGCAAAGAAACGUGAAGAAAAGGCAAAGAAACGUGAAGAAAAGGCAAAGAAACGUGAAAAAGCUAGUAAUGUUAAUGAGACAAAGAGAAAACCUAAAUCAAAACGGAACGCCAUCUCGCCGUCUAGAGAAAUUUCAGGAGAGCCAGAGGCCGCUGUUAAAUCUCAGAGUUCGAAAUCAAGUCUGGCGAAAGCUGGUGUUAAGAAGCGAUUUCUGGACUCAGAUAGUGACAGUGAUGCCAAACAGCUCACAGUCAGCAAGGACAGAGACAAUCAAACAGUGGAACCCAGUGCCCAGACCACCAAAAGGCUUCGAUUCCUGUCUUCAGAUGACAAUAGUGAUAAUGAUAACGUUCCUAACCAUG